AUGCGGUUUCGUUUUUGUGGUGGUGAAGACUGUGCUGAUUGGUUAUUGGCUGAAAUCUUCACAUUAUCAAAACUAAGUUCAGUAAAAUUGAAAUUACUCUGUCAGCAAGUGAUGCAAGCAAUUCUAACAGAUACGCUAAACCUUAGUGAAGCACAAAAGCUAGUCGGCGAUAAAUUCGAAAGUAGCAAUUUAAAAGCAUCUGUUCGUGCCUUGCAAUACAUUCUUACUAUGUCAGCUAAACAUUCCGUUGACGGACAAUCAUUACUAAACGAAUUGACGCAACUUGGUCUUCCCAAAGAACAUGCAAGUGCUCUAGUCAAAGUUUACGACGAAAGUUUCGAGAGAUUAAUCGCAAAAUUACGUUCAUCCGUCAUGCGAUUGACAAAACUGGGCGAUAUUCAGUGGAAUGUGCUCGAUGUGAAAACAACAAAUAAUCUACACGAUAUGCAUUUACCUGUUGUAACUAUGAAUUUAAAUUAUAAUGAUAAUCUAGAGAAUCAAUCGAAAUCGAUAUCAUUCGCAAUGAAUGCCGAACAAUUCGCUGUUUUAUUUGCUGACUUACAAGCGGCAAGAGAUUUAAUCAAAACAUAUUCAAAAUCUUAA